GGGACUUCCUGUGUCGGCCCCCCAGCGCCCCCGCCCCAACCCGGCCGUUUCCCGCACGGACGCACAUCACCGGAGGGCGGGCGAGCGACCCGGGACCUGGCUGGUCCGAGGCGCCCGCCCCCCGCCCCCCCGCCCCUGGGCACCUGUGGCCCGUGAUUGCCCAGGACCCUUGUCACCCGGUUCCCACUGAGGCAACCUAGGGCUCCAGCUUGGGCCCUGCUGCACGCCAUGGUCACCCGGACCAACCCUGAUCCCUGUUCGGGAUUUGGAGCCCUGCCUUCCUUCCCCGUUCCUACGUGAGAGUCUCCACCAACUUCUGCCUGGCAACUCCAUUCUGCACCUUGUCUUGGCCCAGGGGGACCUCAGCAGCUCUGACAGCGAAGACCCCGCGGAGUGCCUGCCAAGGAUUCCCCGGUGGGCGGUCAGAACCUCCUUGACUCAUUCUAGAUGGAGGCACCUCCGGAAGGAGCUGGCUGAAGAGCCGUGGCCUUCACCUUAUAGCCACUGGUGACCACACCUCCCCUUGCGCAGAGACUGCAGCAGGCGGGAAAUGCUCUUCCAGCCUGUUCCCAAGGACGCUGGUGAGACCGCCAGGAUGGAACUGGGCCCCACAACAGAGACCUUUGUGUUGGAGCUGCGAUGUCUUGAGGAUGGGGGUCCAGGGCCUGACACCCUCUCAGGCAUACACUUCAAGUGACAUCUAACUACAUGGCCAAUAAAAUGCUUCUGUGGAAACUGCUGCCCAGGAAUGCAAAGGGACCACGUGACCAAGCUAGCCCUGUGGAGAUUCACCCAGAGGUUAGCUGUCCACCGAUCCUGGCUUCCUGCCAUUUCCACUACAGAUGGCAGUAGUGGGAGUGAGAGCCAGGAGGAGGAAGAGGCUCAGGAGAUGAGCAGCAGCCCACAGCCACCAGCACUCAAAGCCCCAGUAGGGGCCAGUAACAGCAUUGGGGCGGUGCAGCUGGGACAACAGGACUUGCAUCUGCAGCAGUUAGAGCAGCAGCAAGAGCUGGAACAACAGCUGCAGCACAAGCAGUUACAAGAGCAGCAGCCUCUUGCUGCUCAAAUGUUAGGACCUUAACCAGAAUUGCUGCAGCAGCAGGAUGGGCAGCAGUAGCUGUCUCAGUUGCAGCAAAAGCUACAGGAAAACCUCCAGUCCGAGCAGCAUCAGGAACCAAAACCACAACUGCAGCUGGCGCAGCAUUCAGGACUUGGACAGGAGCAACAAGAGCAACAGCUGUUGCAGCAGCAGCAGCAGUGGAUGAUUAUGAAGCCCCAAGGCCAAAAGCAACAGCUGUUACUACAGCAGCAAGAACGGCUGCAGCAGCAGCAAGUACAAGAACAACUUGUGCAGCAGCAUGUGCAACAGCAACAGGUAUUGCAGCAGCAAGUAGAAGAACAGGCUUUGCUGCAGCAGCAGCCUUUACAGCAGCCAAUGCAAGAGCAACGACAGUCACAGCAGCAGCUUCUCCAACAGCAGCAACUACUGCAACAACAUGAACAAUUGCUGCUGCAGCAGUUGCAAGAACAAGCAUUGCAACAGCAAUUACAAGGACAACAGCUGUUGCAGCAGCAUCAACAGGAGCAGUUACAGCAGCAGCUACUGCUCCAACAACAGGAACUGUUGCAACAGCAGGGACAAUUGCAACCGCAGCAGUUGCAGCAGCAGAUACUGUUGCUGCAGCCACAGGGACAUAUAGAGCAGCUGUUGCUGCAGCAGCAGGCACAGUUGCAGCAACAACUGUUGCAGCAGCAGCAGGUCCAGAUACAGCACCAGCUAUUGCUGCAGCAAGAACAGUUGCAGCAGCAACCGUUGUUGCAACAGCAGCAGCUGCAGCCUCCUCCACUGGAGCCAGAGGAGGAAGAAGAUGCGGAACUGGAGCUUAUGCCAUUGGGCAUAAGGUCAGAGCAGGAGCUGGAGCAGCGGCGGCAGGAGUUGGAGAGGCUGCAAGAACAACAACAGCUGAAGCUAAAACUGCAGGAGCAACUGCAUCUGCUGGAGCAGCACCUGAAGCAACAGCAGCAGCUGGAGCAGCUGCAGCAGCUGGAGCAACAGGAGGUACACUUGGAGCUAGCCCCGGUGGAACUGAGCGCCCAGCAUCAGGAGCUGCAGCUGACCUCUGUGCAGCCGGAGCUGCAGCUGGAGCUGGUUCCCACUCCAGGAGGUGGCAUAGCAUCAGCUCCAGUCUCCUACGUGGUGGCCCCUCCAGGCUAUGUGGUGCUGCAAGAGCUCAUGGUACUGCCCACUGUGGCCACAUCCACUAUGAUGACCAUCGCGGGCCCCACAGGGAGUGAGGCUCGGACGCCCACAAAACAGCGCAAGAAGCGGCGAGGCAGGGACAGGCCUACCAUCUGCGGGGAGUGUGGCAAGGGUUUCAGCCGCAGCACGGACUUGGUGCGACACCAGGCCACGCACACUGGGGAGAGGCCACAUCUCUGCAGCGAGUGCGGCAAGGGCUUCUCGCAACACUCUAACCUGGUGAUCCACCAGCGCAUCCACACCGGCGAGAAGCCUUACGCCUGCACCUACUGCUCCAAGCGCUUCAGCGAGAGCUCGGCGCUUGUGCAGCAUCAGCGCACCCAUACCGGCGAGCGGCCCUACGUCUGCGCCGACUGCGGCAAGUGCUUCAGCGUCUCCUCCAACCUGCUGCGCCACCGCCGCACCCACUCGGGUGAGCGGCUCCACGCGUGCGAGGACUGCGGCGAGCGCUUCCAGCACAAGGUGCAGAUCCGCAAGCACGAGCGACUGCAGCACGGGUUAGGCCGCCCCAGAGGUCUGGGCCUGCAGCGCUCCUCCAGGCAAGCGCCCUCAAGAGUCUCCACAAGGGCCAAAAAGGCUUCUGCAUCUGGGAAGCCCUGAGUGGUGUGAGAGCCAACCACACCUUGACCCUAGGUCAUGAUCUUAACCCUAGUUUGAGGUCUUUCUGGGUAUCUUGAGUUAUCCUUAGGAAAGAAAGACGUCCAUCUUUUCCCAGACCUACCCCCACAAUGCACAAGUCCACUGAUUCAGUCUUCCUUCCCUCUAAACCUGCACAAGAGAACAACUCCAUGUGGGUGAGAGAAACUACUAAGACUGCUACUACCCGAUCCCCCCCCCCCCGCUCCCCCCACUGCCUUCCUUGGAAAACUGGACUGAGAACUCGCGUGAAAUGCGCAGCGUGUGUGGGAGCUGGGGACCGAAUGGAUCACUCUGCAUACUUAAGGAGGAACUGAAAAGGGGGCAGAUGGUGUAGCUCAGCCGGCAGAGUGCUUGCCUAGCACAAGGAUGGGUUUCCUCUUAAGCAUCACAGAAACAUAGAAACAUGUGUGUUGGCACAUGUAAUACCAGCACUUGGGAGGUAGAGGCCGGAGGAUCAGAUGUUCAAGGUAAUCUUCAGCCACAUAGUGAGUUGGAUAGCCUGGGUUACCUGAGACUCUGCCUCAAAAAAAGAAAAAGAAAGAAAAAAAGAGGGGGGAAAAGGAAACUGGCUUGCACAAUGCAAGGAACUUGGUCCAGGCAAUAGAUUGUCGUAAGUUACACAAACCUUGAAAAUACUUGUUGGAAUGAAAGGCCGAAGGGUGAACGUAGUUCUGGUGCAAAUUCAUAUGUUCAUAGACACAGGGUCACAGUGGCCAUGGGGGCAAUGUGCAAAUAAAAGUCAGGAAGUUCU